GAGUGAGAAAAGUUGAGAGAGAGAGAGUUUGAUUAUCAUAUAUAGAAAACUUGGAGUGAAGAAAGUAUUGUGCUCGUGAGAGAGGGACAGGGAUAGAGACAGAGAGAGAAGAAUAGUCUCUGCCCAAAGCAGCAGACACACCACCACACCACACCCUCGCCCACACUCCAAUUCACAGACCAACAGAGAGAGAAGGCGAGGUUGAGGUUCAGAGGAGGAAGAAGGAGGUGGGUUUUUAGUUUUGUUCAGGAAAAGAUGACGGGAGCUGCUUCAUCUGGGAGGUUACCGACGUGGAAGGAGAGAGAGAACAACAAGAGGAGAGAGAGAAGGAGAAGAGCCAUUGCUGCUAAGAUUUACUCUGGUCUUAGAGCUCAGGGCAACUAUAAACUUCCUAAGCACUGCGAUAACAAUGAGGUUUUGAAAGCUCUUUGCUCCGAAGCUGGCUGGGUUGUUGAAGACGAUGGAACUACCUACCGCAAGGGAACUCAGCCACCGCCUGUAGAUUUUGGGGUUGCUUCAACAAACAUUAGUACAUGCUCCUCUAUUCAACCAAGCCCACAAUCCUCAUCUUUCCCUAGUCCUGUACCAUCCUACCAUGCCAGCCCAACAUCGUCCUCCUUCCCAAGUCCAACUCGUUUUGAUGGAAACCCCUCCUCUUAUCUUCUCCCGUUCCUUCGCAACAUUGCUGCUAUUCCUACAAAUCUUCCCCAUCUUAGAAUCUCUAACAGUGCUCCUGUAACCCCGCCUCUUUCGUCUCCAACUUCUAGAGGUUCAAAGCCAAAACCCGACUGGGAGUCUUUUUCUAACGGCUCCCUACAAGCAUUGCGCCACCCUCUUUUUGCUGCGUCUGCCCCUUCAAGUCCUACACGUCGUCACCAUUUUACUCAUGCUACAAUACCAGAGUGUGAUGAGUCUGAUGCUUCAACUGUAGAUUCUGGUCGCUGGGUCAGUAUGCAGACAGGGGCACCCUCAGUGGCUCCUCCUUCUCCAACAUUUAAUCUCAUAAAGCCUGUGGCUCAACAGAGUGUUCUACAAGAUGCAGUUGGUGGGCAUGGCCCAGUUGGCUGGGGAAUCCCUGCUGAUAUGGCACGAGGCCCGGAGUUUGAUUUUGAGAAUGGCAGGGUUAAACCAUGGGAGGGAGAGAGAAUUCAUGAUAUAGCUGUGGAUGAUCUGGAGCUUACACUUGGAAGUGGGAAAGCUCGUUGUUGAGUUUCCAGGUUCAAAAAUUAGUAGGAGAAUGUGUACAAAUAGGGUGGGAAUAGUUUGCAACAUCCAUGUGGAUUUCAUUGUGCAUUCUCAAUAUUACAUCCCUCUGGCAUUGCUUGUGGUCUGCUGUUACAGCUGCAACAAUUGGGAAACUUCAAAAUCAUGUUUGGUGCAUCUUGUCUUUGUUAUAUGUACAGUUCCCUUUCUCUUGGAGCCACUACAGGAAUCCGAAACAAUUUUUUUGUUUCGUGUGCUAGAGCUAAAUUUCAUUCGGCUUCAUAUAAGGUACCAAGACCGUUGGAUCUUCCGCGUUGUGGGGAAGACUCUGGCAUAUGAGUUGAGAGGUUAUUUUCUUCUUUCCCUGGCAGAUUAUAUUUAUCUAGAAUGUCUUCUUGAAUUGUUCAUCGAUCAUAAGAUCCAAUUAGAAUUAGCAUAUGGGUGGUUUCACAUACCUCAAACUUAAGUUAUUUGUAGUUAUAUAAGAUAUAUCUUGUUCAUGAAAAGUAUCUCUUUUCACUUGCUGAAACUUUUAAUGUGGAUAUAUCUUAGCCAUAAAUGACACACAAGUCUUUAUGUCCAAUGCAUUUGUUAUAACCAUAGUCAGAACUUUUGGGCACUUGGGAUGGUUGGUUGGGGAGAUUUAAGUAGGGUAUUGUUAACUAGGUAUUUCAAAAGAGAAUUGUAUUACUGUAACUUAGUAUCAUAAAUUUAUAGUCCAGAAGAUUAAUGAGAAAAGAACCAAACAUUAAAGCGA